ACAAUCUACGUCGUUCGCCAUGCUCAGGGCCACCACAAUGUCAAUAACCAACAUCAUCUCCGUGACCCACAUGUCACAGACCUCGGCAGAACCCAAUGCACAAAUCUCAGCAACACUUUUCCAAAGUCAUCACUUCCUGCUUCUCUCACAAUCAUGGCCUCACCCCUAAUUCGUACAAUCCAAACCGCUUGUCUCGGCUUCGGUGACGUGUUGAGAGAGAGACCUGAUGUCAAGUUUCUACUCGUACCCUUCGCCCAAGAGAUCGCCAAUCAACCCUGUGACAUUGGCUAUCCUCAAGCAGAACUCAAACAGAAGAUUGCAGCUUGGCUAGAACAAGAGAAGUUCGGCUUUGGAGUUGAGAGAAUGGACUGGAGUCUGGUUGAGGAAGGCUGGAACUCCAAAGCUGGACCUUAUGCCGCGUCUCUUGAGGCAGUCACCGGACGUGCUGCUGCCCUUCGCGCAACUCUGUAUGCUUAUCCCUCGGAAGCCGUCAUUCUAGUCACCCAUGGCGCUUUCUUACACUUCUUCACCGGUGAUUGGGCGUCCUUCGAUGGUGCCAAGGGAACUGGCUAUGAGAAUUGCGAAUUCAGAAAGUUCGCCUGG